UACCUUACGCCACUCUGUUGCAGGUUCGUUUCGCGUCGUUCGCCCGUUUCGGAACAGGCAGACGGUGUAGUGAUUGGACGUCCAGCAGAUGUCAUCAGUGAGAUGAGUUGUCAAACGGUUCAUAGAGCCGAACCGUCCCCUACAUUUCGACAGUGUUUCGGAAAGCUUCGAUCUUGUCCAUCACUACGAAUAUUUGUUUCGUUACGACUCGUCUAUGCAUCAGAAAAUCGACAGGGCUGAGUUCACGACUGCUGAGGAGACUCCAGAUGCCCUAAGAUGCAGCGUCUGUCUGCAUUUGUCUAGAAGGACGCGAGAGGGAGCAGCACAAGCAGCCAGACGCCGCACAGGGAAGAGGGGGGAAAAAACACGGACCUUCCCCCAGUUCCAGCGUGCUGAAAUGUUAGGAGCCCGCAGCAGCAGCCAGAGAGCCAGCUCCCAUUACCCCAGUCUGUGCAGGAGGAAAGUGUCCGGUACCAAGUGCUUUAGACUGUGCUUGCAGAGGUCCUACUACGGGGCUUUGUAAGGUGCAGGGGGAGUAGAGGAGAGACUGGUCCGUUCCCCCCACCUCCCACCCACCCACCUGCAGCAAGAGGAGUGCUCUCUGGAGGAGCCCAGAUGGAGUGGUCACUGGGAAGGGUGCGGGAGCUGGUGGCCGACGGGAUGCAGUCCAUACGGGACUGCGAGUCGAGCGCUGUGGGCACGGCGGCCUGCCUGCUGCUGCUCUUCCUGUGGUACUGCUACCGGGUGGGCCGGGAGCACGGCUCCAGUCCCCUGCGCGGCCGCUACGGCGCCGAGUCCGGCCACCUGCGGGCCGGCGUCCUGGGCGGCGCGGAGGCGGCGGGCGGGGCCAAGGCGCCGCCGGGCUCGCUGGACGAGCAGAACGGUCUGGCCUACUGCCAGUCGGCCGAGUGCUUCCGCUGCACCGCCCCCGGCGAGGGCCUGAACCAGCGGCUGUACCACAGCCUCCAGGAGUACGCCAAGCGCUACACCUGGUCGGGCAUGGGCCGUGUGCACAAGGGGGUGCGCGACCAGGGCCGGUACCUCUCCAGCCGGCCCACCAUCCAGCGGCCCGAGGUGUUCUUCCUGCCCGACCUGCCGUCCGCCCCCUUCUUCUCCCGCGACGCCCAGAAGCACGACGUGGAGCUGCUGGAGCGCAGCUUCCCCGCCCUGCUGGCCGAGUUCGGGAACGUGUACAACCAGCCCCCCGCCCGCAGCGGCUCCCCCCUGCCCCCCGGCUGGAAGGCCAACAGCACCCCCCACGGCCAGUGGUGGACCUACUACCUGGUGAACCAGGGCACGCCGCUGGCGCUCAACGCCCGGAGGUGCCCCCGUGCCUGGAGGGUGCUGGGGCAGCUGCGCACCUUCAUCGCUAACAACGUGUUCGGGAACGCCUGCUUCUCGGUGCUGUCGCCCGGCGCCCUGAUCUCGGAGCACUACGGGCCCACCAACGUGCGGCUGCGCUGCCACCUGGGUCUCCGCGUGCCCUCUGCCUGCGAGCUGGUGGUCGGGGGGGAGCCGCAGUGCUGGUCCGAGGGGAGCUGCCUGCUCUUUGACGACUCCUUCCUCCACCGAGCCUUCCACGAGGGCAUUGCAGAGGACGGCCCCCGGGUGGUCUUCAUGGUGGACCUCUGGCAUCCCAACGUGGCCGCGGCUGAGCGGCAAGCACUGGACUACAUUUUCACCCCGGGUCGCUGAGACGGGGUCCAGGGAAGAGACUGCUGCUGAUGACGAGAAAGCGGGCCUGCGGGGGCUUCACCCCGCCUCCCACCCCCCGCACGCUCAGACCCACUGUGUACGAUGUGCUCCUGCCCGCAAAUCUUCUUCAAAGGCGUCCCAGCGAAGUAUUGGGCCUCCUCUAUCGAUGUGUAUGUUGCUUGAUUAUUUAAUUUCUACCAAAUGGCCUCUUGAAGAUGUGAUACCACCAUAUUCCUUUUAGCCACUUUCAGCUGUAACUGUGAACAUUAUCCCAUUGAUAUUAGUUGAUGUGUUAAUGGCCUUUUGGUGCGUGUGUGUGUGUGUGUAUAUAGCUCAACGGCUGCAAUGGACGAGAUUUGUCGGUGUUGAUUGCGAGCACGACAGUUUUACACUGCAGAUUGGUCUUUCGGGGGGGAUGUUCAUUCGACACGAUUUAAAUGUUAUCGGUUCACUUCAGUGUUGCCCUCGGAGAAGGAAUAACCAUCAUCACUAACACUAUGAUUCUAUAGGAAACUAGGCUGAACACUUGAAGACGAUCACUGUUUUCUAACACUUUAGCGCUUAGAAAGGGCUACGAGAUAUUCGACCGAUGUCCGCUGAGUAGGCGAUUAUGUAUACACCUUUUUAUUGUCAAUGAAUCAAAACAUUGCGAUGAUGCAAUCUCCUAUAACACAACUUUCAACAUGUCCCACUUGCUACGGGCUCCUUUGCUAUUGGUUGGCACAAUACAACAACAUUGUGCUUCACAAACUAACACAAUAGUUGUUUUGCACAGAUAAAUAUUAGGAUAAACAGUUUAUAGUCAAGUGGAUUGUGGCACUGGUUCGACCUGAAAACCCAACAGGGAUCAAAAAGAUUUGAUGACUGCUUGCCUGUAGGAUUUCAAAAUGUGUUAUACUUUUCAUGAUAAAACUCCACUAAUAAUAGUACAUAAAUGACACCAUAAUCUGUCUGGGAAUUUUGAGCCCACGUUGAGGUUCAGUAUUCUGAUGGCAUCCUGUUGGCCAUUGGGUGAGGUGUUUGCGUAAUGAUUGAAUCAAUUCACAUACAGAAAAUAGCGCAAAUCUCUACCUCUGUUCAGAAAUGUACAGAAAACAGCCCAUGUUUCCAACAUGAUCCGUCGGUUCAGUAACAUACAGAAAAUAGCCCCUGUCUCCACCGUUAUCUGAACCGUCUGUCGGGAAGGUGAUAGCGGAUGUCCUCUCUGAAAAAAGAAAUCGAUACUGCUUUCACAAUGCAUGGUUAGAUAAGCACAUUUUUAUGAUAAAAUUGUGUGAGUCAGCCUUGUUCUCUUGUGGCGGUGGAGGUGGAAGAGAAGGAGGAGGAGUGUUUUUAGUAGAUUUGACUAAACCCUUGUACUUUGGUUGUAUUUGAUAUCAGGUUUGUACUUGCAGUAGGCAAACGAAAAAUGUCGGUUGAUAUGUUUUUGAAAUAUUAACUAUUGUAGCUAUGGUGUUGUUUAUUAAAAGUAAUGACAUUUCACUCAAUAUUUUCGGAAACAGUAUUGCAUUGCUUUUGAUCGUUGAUUGGUAGAUUAUUUAAACGUGAGUUGAUAUCUUUCUUGUUCAGUGGUGUUUUCCGUUAACUCAAUCUGGUAUUUUGCAGCAUUGUACGGUGAUGUAAUCAGUUGUUAUGGCGAUCCCUAAUUCUUAUUGAUCAAAUCAUGCGUGUAUUGAAUUUUCCCCACCCAUCACUCAAAAGAUCCAAUCAAUUCAUAGAGACUGUUUACAAGUAUUCUUAAUGUAUGGAAAUUGUUUACAAUAUUAAAACGCGUUGAAUUUUUGACGAUGUCCAUUAUCAGGCCUUACAAGAAAAGCACUGUCAAUUCACUUUGUAAUAAAAGCUGUGAUUCUUGAGCCUCCUAA